GCAUGUUGUUAGUAGUUAGCAGAAAAUUCAAGAUUAAUACAUUUUCGAGAUAUACUGGUCGCUUCUUAUGAAAUUUUACCAUGACGAUAGUGAUUGGUUUUGAGGGCAGUGCCAAUAAGAUCGGAGUGGGCAUUAUCAAAGAUGGAGAGGUGCUUUCGAACCCAAGGAGGACCUACAUCACUCCUCCUGGACAAGGUUUUAUGCCCAGUGACACAGCCAGACACCACAGAGCUGUCAUCCUCACCAUUUUAAAAGAGGCACUGGAUGAAGCAGGACUCAAGCCUCAAGACAUCGACUGUGUAGCCUAUACGAAAGGUCCUGGAAUGGGUGCACCUUUGGUGACUGUGGCUCUCGUGGCUCGGACAGUGGCUCAGCUUUGGGACAAACCACUGCUGGGAGUGAACCAUUGCAUCGGACACAUCGAGAUGGGACGCCUCAUCACCAAAGCACACAACCCCACGGUGCUCUACGUCAGCGGAGGAAACACACAGGUCAUUGCUUACUCUGAACGGCGCUAUAGAAUAUUUGGUGAGACGAUUGAUAUCGCCGUCGGUAACUGUCUGGACCGGUUUGCCCGAGUUAUAAAGAUUUCGAAUGACCCCAGUCCAGGCUACAACAUAGAGCAGAUGGCCAAGAAAGGGACUCAGUAUGUGGAGCUGCCAUACACAGUGAAGGGAAUGGAUGUGUCUUUUUCAGGCAUUUUAUCUUAUAUAGAAGAAGCUGCCAAUAAGAUGUUAAGUUCUGGUGAAUACACAGCAGAGGACCUGUGCUUCUCUUUGCAGGAGACACUAUUCUCAAUGCUGGUGGAGAUCACAGAGAGGGCCAUGGCUCACUGUGGUUCACAGGAGGUGCUCAUCGUUGGAGGAGUGGGCUGUAACCUCCGUCUGCAGGAAAUGAUGGGAGUUAUGUGUGAAGAGAGAGGAGCAAAACUCUUUUCCACUGAUGAACGAUUCUGCAUUGACAAUGGAGCCAUGAUUGCUCAAGCCGGAUGGGAGAUGUUCCGGUCAGGGCAGGUCACAGAGCUUGAGGACUCAUGGAUCACACAGAGGUUCAGGACAGAUGAAGUGGAGGUGACUUGGAGAGCAUGAUCUUCAGCUGUGGAGUAAUGCCACAUUGACUGUACAGACUCUUGGACAGAAAUUACAUGAUGCUUGUGUUGGGUUUGGAAAGAGGUCACAUUUUGGAAAAGUGUGACACAAAAUAUCUAUUGAUAUUUGGCUCAUAAAGUUAAACUCUGACUAUGCCUCAUGGUUGUUUGUGUGGACAUGUCAGCUAUAGACAUAAAUAUUUCCGCUGUGUGAUGUCAAUAGUAAGUCAAAUAGCUGGCAAGUUCAGUAUAUUCUACACAGAUAUGUCUUGCUUA